CUAGCAGCUCGGCGCUGGAUUACAAGUAAAUUGGAAAGGAUUUGAAGAUGAGCCUGCUGCGCCUGCUUGGUGCCCUGCUGCUGGCCACAUUCAAUGGAAUGGCUCCCGUGCCCGCGGAAGGACUGCACCUGUCCAACCUGUCCGUCCCGCGCAUUAUCGACGUGGCCCAAAAGGCGAAACUCUUCUGCAGCUACGCGAUGGGCAAUCGGACGCUGAACUCUGUCAAAUGGUACAAGGAUGGCCUCGAGUUUUUCAGAUACUCGCCUCUAACACCGCCGACAACAAAUUGGUUCCCCGUGAAAGGUGUCACCAUCGCCGACGGUUCGCCGCAUUGCAAUCAAUUCAUCUGCAACGUGGAGCUGGAGAAGCUCAGCGCCCACUCCUCCGGGCAGUACAGGUGCGAGGUGUCCGGCGAUGCGCCCGAGUUCAAGCUGAUCGAUCAGACGGCCAAUAUGACAGUCGGAGUGCUACCUAAAUUCGAUCCGUUCAUUUCGGGCGUACGACAUGCGUACAAAUAUCACGACUAUCUGGAGGCCAAUUGCAGUACGGAAAUGUCAAGUCCGAUGGCCAAGUUGACGUGGUACAUUAAUAAUAAAACGGCACCUGGGCACAGUUUGCAGCCGCAAAUCAACGAAGUCUCACGCAACGUGGACGGCUUUCACCUGUUCGCCAGCCACCUGCAGUUGCGACUUCACCUGGACGACCAGCGGUUCAUCAGCAAGAGCGAAAUGCUGGAGCUCCGGUGCACGGCGGACAUCAUGGGAAUGGCAGCCAUUAGGAGGGAGAGCAGGGUGCGGACUACCAUCCUGGCGCUCAAGGAUGCCGGCACCAAGCAGCGACUCACCGAGAAUGGAUCCUGCAUCACUGGACAACCAGCCUCCCUGGCCGCCUGGCUCCUGAGCCUUGUCCACAUCCUACGCUGGCAAAGCUCCCAGAGUUAGUGGCUGGCACUGACUGGCGCUCUGUUUCUGGCCUAAGUUUCCAGGAUUUGCCUCCAAGUGCAGACACUCAAAAAUGAAGAGAAAUAAGAUAGACACACGCGCCAAGUUAAGGCGAAUUGGGUGAUUCGCAGGAUUUCGAGCCAAGUGAAAAGUUAACAAGCCACGGCAGCAACAGUUGAAUUUGUAUAUAGUCGAAAUCGAAUUAGUCUAGGUCCGAGCAGGAAGCCCAGCCAUUUCCUACAUAAGUGUAAUGCAACAUUUAUUUAUGUGUGAACAAGCCAACGGAAAUGCAAAACCAAAAACUCAACACUUAAUGAAAACUAUGAAGAAUAAUUUAAUAACUAGGUAUAUGAACGUAACAUUUGCUACCAACUACGAUUAUGUCAGAAUAAUUUCAAUAGAGGAGUAAAAUUUGAAUAUCAACAAAUUUACACAUGAAUAUUUGAGCACAGAAAAAAGGAACACACACAAUCAAUGGCAAGUAAACUUAAUUAUUGUAUGUGAAUUGUUAAUUGUA